AUGAAACUUUUUCAUGAAGCAUUAAAUUUUAGCGAUUAAAUAUGUUUAUCAUAUGAUAUCUAUAAAAGAAAUUUUCCCCUGAAGAUAAAUAAGAUUACAAAAAAUGGAAUCACAUUAUAAUUUUUAAAUUAAUAAAGCAUUUAAAUUCCACCUUACUUACUUGGAAUUAUCUCUUUUAACAGAGUUCUUAUUCUAAAUAGGUUCAAUGAACAAUUGUUUAUAGGCUUAAUUUAAGAUAACAGCAUCAUUAAAUUGAUAUAUUUUUCAAAUGGUUAACCAAUAAAAUAAUAUUAAUUUUAAUUGCGUGAGAAUGUAAUUGAAAUAUUUUUUCUUUAACAGCAUAUGUAUUUAACAAUAAUCUAUUAAAUUUAAUAGAAAUAUAUCAAUUAAAUCUUGAUCAAAUAAAAAAGAGCGUUUAUUAAACCAAAAAAAAGAUAAUUAAGGCAAUUAAAUUAAAUUUUUCAAUAAUAUAUUUACUUGAAGAUUGUAUUAAAGUCUCAAUUUAAUUUACAUAAGAAACCUUUAUCUUUGAGUAAAUUUAAUAUUCUUUUGAUUGUACAAGUUCCUUUUAAUUUUAUAAACAAGAAAUAUACAUUGAUGCUCAUUCCAUUAUAUAUAAUCAUACUCAUUAUAACAUUAUAAAAAUAACAUUAAAAGAGAAAAUUGUUUAAGUAAAUAAUGUACUUUAGAAUCAUUUUCUUAUUUUCACAUAUUAUAAUGAUUAAUACUCUGCCAAAUUAUUUUUGUUCUAGAUAGAAGAAAUAAUUCAUCUUUACACACUUCCUACUUAUAACUAUACUAUUUAAUUUCCAAUUUAAUAUAAAAUACAAAUGUCAAUUUUAAUGAUUAAAGUUAGAAAAGCUGAUUAAGGUUUCUUUUUAUUGAUUUAUGAUUUAAAAAAUACAGCAGUAGAAUCAUUAAUUUAAAUUAAUGCAAUUGAUGAAGAGGAUAAUUAAUCUUUUGAUUUUAUUGAUGAAAAGGAAUAUUUUUUUUCAUAUUAGAGACAAUUAUAAAUUCAGAAUUUAAAUUAACCAUGCUUCUUCCUAAAAGGAUUAAAAGAAGGAUAAGAUUUUAUUGAGGAAACUUAACUUAUAAUUUCAACUAAAUCUGAAAUUUCUAAUGAAAAUAUAGAUCUAGAAUUUCAUUUAAUAAUUAUUAAUAAAAAUUAUACUUUACAAUUAUUAAAUUUAAGUUAAAAUAUUUUGGCAGGAGAGAUUUUAAACUAAGAGAAUAUUUUUGGUAAUAUUGAAGAAGUUGAAAUUAUUGGAUCAGAAAAUAUUUCUGUAUAUUAACCUUUAAUCUUUAAUAAUAUUUCAGCAAUAUGCAACUUUUAUCAGUUUGGUAUUUGUAUUUAUGAUAAAUCUAUUUUAAGAAAUAUUUUUGAUUCAAACACAUUUAUAAAAUUUUCAUAAGAUUUUGUUUAAUUACCUUUUUAUAUUGGCUUUAAUAGUGAGGAUUGUAGCCAUGCAAUUUAUUUAAAAUUAGAUGAAUCUCUCUACAUGAAUGAAUUUAAUUUCUGUCGCAAUAAUUAGAUAUAAAAAUAAAAUUAUACAAUCUCUAAUAAUGCUCACAGUAAAAUCUUAUAUUUAUUUUAGCUAUGAAAAUAUUUAAAUAAAUAAAUGAUUUAUAGAUGACAGGGCUAGAUAAUGGUAUUAUUUUAUUUUAUUUCUAAUACAAGCCCUUUUUAAAUUCAGUCCUCUUAAAUUCUUUCAUAAAUGUAGAUUUUGAUUUAUUUGAUGGAGCAAAGAUUAAUGAUUUCACUUAUUUCUUUCUCAAUAUUGGUUUUAAUGUUAUUGAAUUAAAAGUUUUUAAUGUUACUUAACUUGAUCAUCAUAAUGGAGCUAUAAGUGAUAUACUCUACUAAUAAAAAUAUAACCUCAAUAAUUUAUUUGAAAAAAGUUAAUUGAUUUAAAAGAAUUCUUCUAAAUUAUAAAUUUACCAUGUUUUAAAAAUUAACAAUAAAUUUCAAAUCAAAUUUAUUAUUAUUCUCAAAGAUAACCUAGCUGUGCUUAUGUAAAUAAUAUUAGAUUUGAAUAAUUAUAAUGAGACUAUAUUUGAAUAAUUGGGAAUGAUUCGGUAUGAAAAUAAAGCAAUCUUCAGAAAAUUGCUCUUUAUUGAUCUGAAUUAUGUGAUUUUGGCUUUUUCAUAAGAUUAAUAUCGUUUUAUUAAUAUAUUUGAUAUAAAUAUAUUAAAAAAUAAAAACAUUGACAGUAUUUAAAAAUUUAAGGAUGAUAAUUAUAAUUAUGUUGAAAGAUAUAAUGAAUCUUAUUUUAUAAUAGUUGAAUAAGUAAAUGUCUAAGAACAAAGAGUACAUCUAAUUACACUUGAUAAAUUUAAGAUUAAAUGUCACGGAGAAUGCUCUAAACCUUCAUAUAUAAAAUUAAGUAAUCAAGUAUCGCAAAUCUUGAUUGAAUUGGAUUUUUUAAAUGAAAAAUAAAUCAAUAAAGAUAAGUUACAAUCAUUUAUAGUUGUUUUUACUUUCAUUUGUAUAGUAAUUAGAUUAUUUUGUAAAAAAGAGAAAAAAAGAAGGGAAAAAUAAAUCAUUUAACAUUGA